AAAUCGCAGAGACAUCAAUUCAACCAUAGCUAUAUAAAAAAUGGAUUAACGAUAUCUGUAAUGCAUGUUGGGACUAUGAACUUGUCAGCAGUAAACAACACAAUCAGCUUUGGCUUACAUUUAUCUAAGAUUUAAUGUACUGGUCUUUCAGUAAGUUAACAGACUUAUACCAUCCAUUUGAGGAGCUGGAAAUCUUGUGUUUCUGUUAAGGAAUUCAGUAUAUUGAAAUGUGACCAUGAGCUCAAGAGAAAUAAGUCUAUCAGGUUCAUCACUGCCAGGUCUCUGGAGAUCACCUACUUACCGUAAGGACAAUAUUCGAACGACACAUCUCUGGUUGAAAGGUAAAAAAAUAGAUGACAACACAAAUGGAUUGUGGAGAGUGCAUGAUGGCUUGUAUGAUUUCUCCACUUUUAUUGACAAACAUCCAGGGGGCUCGGAUUGGCUCAAUUACACAAAGGGCACAGAUAUAACUGAAGCAUUUGAAUCACAUCAUGUUAAGUCUUCAGUCAGAAGUUAUCUGAAACAGUAUUAUGUGCAACCUGCCACUGGUGCACGGUUCUCGCCAUACACAUUCCAUGAGGAUGGCUUCUAUCGUACACUCAUGAGAAGGGCUGAGCCAAUCAUAGCAACCAUUCAUACAGGCCCAACACUGAGAUCAAAAAUAUGGAUAGAUAUACUGAUGGUUACCACAAUGGCCACCGCUAUCCUCGCAACUGCCACCUCCAGCUAUGCACUUGGAUUUCUUGCUGGAUUUCUUAUGAAUCUAACAGUUGUAGGAGCUCAUAACUUCCUCCACUUGAGAGAUAAUAUGCGCAUGUACUACUUUGACUUUUCUUUCAUGAGCUGCAAAGACUGGCGUGUAUCUCAUGCUCUCAGCCACCAUAUGUAUCCCAACACCCUCUUGGACAUAGAACUUUGUUUCAAUGAGCAGAUAUUCCAAUGGCUACCCCUGAAGGACAAACCAUGGGGGUUACGAUAUGGCUCCUGGUUCUACAGUCCAAUCAUCUAUGCUCUUCUCUUUUUUCUUUCUUUCCUUCAGAGAGUGGCAAGUAUCUUAUGUGGAAACAGAAAAGCUCUAAGGCUGGAUAUUACAAUUCCUUUCAUUCCCCUGCUGCUGAUGUAUGCUUUGAGUGGAAAAACUUUUUGGGAUGCAUUCUGUAUGUGGAUUUGGAUUGUUGGGGUCAACAGUUUUAUUUUUGGUUUCCUUGGUUUCAAUGGUGCACACCACCAUCCAGACAUAUUCCAUGAUGGAGAUGCUCCAAGGGCUGACCGUGACUUUGGUCUGGGGCAGAUAGAUGCUGUACGAGACCAUGUUGAAUUUGCUCACAAUCUGUUCAUAGUGCUCGUGACAUUUGGUGAGCACAGCCUUCAUCAUCUGUUCCCAACAGUAGAUCAUACCAAUCUACACCAUUUAUAUCCAGUGUUUCAGGAAACCUGCAAAGAGUUUGAAGUCAAGUAUAAACCUCUAAGGUUAAGCCAGUUAUUUAAGGGACAGUAUCAAAGGCUUGCUAAAAAUGAACCUAAUCUAAUCCCUCCAGAAAAGAUAAUAAACUGAAAAUGUUAUGAUAAAAUGUUAACAUUUGCACAUCCCUAUUGUUAUUACUCUUUCUGCUUUACAAGCUAUUUCUGGGCUUCAUUCGAGAUGCCUACAGGAAAUUCCUACCAGUGGGUUCCAUAGAAUAAUUUUCUUGCCAUAAAACAAUAUAUUAUCAAGAAACUACAGUGAUCUGUGGUUAGUUGUGGCAAGUGACAUUCAAGAUUUUGUGCAGUUUCUUUCCUACAAAUGUUGACUCAUUAUAUUCAGGUUUUCUACCUGCCAUACCCAAGAUUUUGUCCUACAGAUUCUAGGAAUUUUAUGGAAAUGACUGUUCAGAUUGUGGUCUUCUGGGUUAUGACACUAUGCAGUCUUGCAGCUGAACCAGUUGUCUUCAUGCUCAGUGUUGAAGUGUGCUGGUUCAGAAUAUGCAGGUAGCAAGGAAGGUGGUCACUCAGAUCCAUAAGAGGGGAAGCAGAAAUAGAACUCAGUCCAGGUCAAUGGAGUAGCGAAAAGGAAAGCAGUUCUUCUCAGGACUACAAUAUUUCUAUUACAACAAGGAAAUUCGCUUCAUAUGCAACACUACAUACUCAGUACCAUAACCUAUAAGAACAUAAUGUGAACAAUCUUGACCUGUUCAUGGUCAGUUCAUAAACUUCUUGAACAAAGUUUGUGCAUUUGUACAGCAAAAUAUGAGGCCCAAUGCAGUUAUAUGUCAUUCCACUCAUGAUAUUUUUUUCAUUAAAUCUAAUAUUUGGAGUUGUGACUAAAUUACAUUAAAGAAUUAAAGAAUUAAAACCAUAUUGUUCGUGUACUAACAGAUUAUUUGCUUCAAUAUGAGUAAUAAAUCUCACAUAUAUGAGUUUUUCAAUUAUCUUAGAAAAAGAAGUCAACAAUGAGAUAGGUCUAUAGUUGGAUAUAUUAUGAUAUAUGAUAUAUAUAUGAUAUAUUUCAUUUUUUAAAUAGUGGUUUAACUAUGGUAAAUUUUAAUCCAUCAGGAAAAAUAACAGUAUUAAGUAUUGCAUUACAGACAUGAGUAAGUGAAGAAAAUAUAAAUGGUGAACUUAAUUUUAUUCUGUUUGAAAUUUCAUCAUAUCCACUUGAGUUUUUAGUCUUUAAUGAUUUCAUAAUUUUUUCAAUUUCAAAGUGGAGGCAUACUGCCAAUUCAUUUUAGUAAAAGGUGUACUAAACAUAUUCACUAUGUAACUGAUUGGAUUGGAUUGGAUGAAUUGGAGCUUAUAUAUUUAUUAUUAUCUGAUAUAAUAGAAUCAGCUAUAGACAGAAAGUGUUCAUUAAAAGCAUUUGCAAUUUUGUUCUGA